UAUGCAGGGAGGGUGGAGGCAAAAUUGAUAUCAAAUAAGGGUAUCAAACUGAGAUCCCGAUGUUCCAUUUAAGUUGUUGCUCAUUUUCAUUAGCCAUGCCAGGGGUGAAAAGGUUAUCACUGAAACACCCUCUGUAGUAGGAACAUUUAUUUUGGAUGGAUUUCUAUUUUUCUUCUCCAUAAAGAUUGAAUGAGUGUUGUAGUGGAUAUCAAUGAAGGGGUUUCUUUAUCCUCUUUUUGUUUUAUUAUUUACUAAUCAGGCUUCAGUUCAGACAGAUAAAAGAGAGAGGUUCUGUUGCCUUAGAUGUGAGGACUUUAAUGAGGAUGGGAGGCCCCAGGGAGACGAAAUCCGAAGUAGAACGAUGCUGCUUUCGGGUUUCUUGUCAUUUCCUCAGUUCCUUCUCCUCCUCCCGUUUCCAAUGGGCCUAGUGAGCAGGAACUAUCCAAGGUGCUAGAAUGCUGGCAGCUUUGCCGUUCAAUGCAGACGGAUUGCAGAAACAGAGAAGAAAGAUUACUGCUUAUUUCAGAAGAAUAUAAUCAAAUGAGGCACCUUAGCCAGCCUGGGUGAUUGCUUCGAGUCUUGUAAUCAUCUGUGUAGCAAAGUGGGUAAAAUCAUUCAAUUUCUUUCCUGCUGGACCUGGAAGGAGAGGGCUGUGUAUUCAUCCCCCCCAUUAGCUAUGCCCUCUUUUCUCUGAAUGUCGAUUUAAGGAAGCAAGCACCUGUCUUCUGCCACCGUAUCUUCCUAGCAAACUUUAAAGGCCAUUUUAUCUGAUAGAAAGAACAUCAAGAAUGCUCUGAUCUCUAGUGAUGAAGAAUCUGGGAAUGGACACUUUUCCCAUCCACAUACAAUGCACUUUAAUUGAAGAAAAACUGAGCUGAACUACAAGUCUAUUUCUUAUGGUGCUGGAUUACUCCUACAGAACUGCCCUGAGAUCAACCGAGAGAGAGGGCUCUGACAGACACGAGUCACCUUCUGAUUAUUGCACUUAGCUCUCCCUGGAGACUUAAAUUUUGGAAGUGUUCCUUUUUACAUGAUAUCCUCCAAGAUGAUGAGUUCUAAUCCUGAGGAAGACCCUUUGGACACAUUUCUCCAAUAUAUUGAGGAUAUGGGGAUGAAGGCCUAUGAUGGCUUGGUUAUUCAAAAUGCAUCAGACAUUGCUCGAGAGAAUGACCGCUUGAGAAAUGAAACCAACCUGGCCUACUUGAAGGAGAAGAAUGAAAAACGCCGAAGACAGGAAGAAGCAAUAAAACGCAUAGGUGGCGAAGUGGGGCGGGGCCACGAAGGAAGUUACGCGGGCAAACAUUUCCGCAUGGGAUUCAUGACGAUGCCUGCUCCUCAGGACAGACUUCCCCAUCCCUGCUCCAGCGGCUUUUCCGUGAGGUCCCAGUCCCUGCACUCGGUCGGGGGCACAGAUGACGACAGCAGCUGUGGCUCCCGCAGGCAGCCGCCGCCCAAGCCCAAGCGGGACCCCAGCACCAAGCUGAGCACGUCGUCGGAGACGGUCAACAGCACGGCGCCCGGCAAGAGCGGGAAGGUCCCCGAGCGACCCGAAGUGUCAGCCAAACCCAGACCCCACAGUGAUGAAUAUUCAAAGAAGAUCCCUCCUCCCAAACCCAAACGGAACCCGAAUACUCAGCUGAGUACAUCUUUCGAUGAAACGUACAUCAAGAAGCACGCGCCUCGGAGGACCUCGCUCCCUCGGGACCCCUCUCUGUCCCAGGUCAGCAGCCCGGCCGGGGACCCCGAGGAGGAGGAGCCCGUGUACAUCGAGAUGGUGGGCAACAUUCUCAGAGACUUCAGGAAGGAGGAUGAUGACCAGAGCGAGGCCGUCUACGAAGAGAUGAAAUACCCCAUCUUUGACGACUUGGGCCAAGAUUCGAAAUGUGACCUUGACCAUCACAGUUGCUCUUCGCAGUGUGCUACUCCCACGGUGCCUGACUCGGACUUCGCCAAGUCCUCAGUGCCAUGUACUCCAAAGGGUUUGCUCUGUGACAUCCCCCCGCCCUUCCCCAACCUGCUUUCUCACCGACCCCCACUGCUGGUGUUCCCUCCCGCUCCCGUGCAGUGCUCCCCUAAUUCCGAUGAGUCUCCGCUUACCCCCCUGGAGGUCACCAAACUGCCGGUGUUGGAAAACGUGUCUUACAUGAAGCAGCAGGCCGGUGCAUCUCCGUCCUCACUGCCCUCUCACGCCUCCGGCCACCCCAAGCUGGACAAAGAUCAGGCCGCAGCUCUGGGCCCGGGCCCUGCCGCCGCUGCCGCCUCCACGCUGUCCUCGUCCCCGCCCCCGCCAUCCACCCUGUACCGCACCCAGUCCCCCCACGGCUACCCGAAGAGCCACUCGGCCUCCCCGUCGCCGGUCAGCAUGGGGAGGUCCCUGACCCCACUCAGCCUCAAGCGACCCCCGCCCUACGAUGCCGUGCAUUCGGGCAGCAUCUCCAGGAGCUCUCCAUCAGUGCCUCAUUCGACCGGCAGGCCAGUGUCGCAGGAUGGGGCCAAGAUGGUCAAUGCCUCGGUGAACACCUACGGCCCAGCUCCGGGCGCCUCCCGGUCCAGGACCCCUACAAGUCCCUUGGAAGAACUAACCAGCCUCUUUACCUCUGGACGAAGCCUGCUGAGGAAGUCAUCCAGCGGCCGCCGUUCUAAGGACCCCGCAGAGAAAUCGACAGAGGAACUGAAAGUCCGAAGCCACAGCACGGAGCCAUUACCAAAGUUGGACAGCAAAGAGAGAGGUCAUCACGGGGCAUCAUCCAGAGAGCCUGUCAAAGCUCAGGAAUGGGAUGGAACACCAGGACCGCCCGUGGUUACCAGUAGGCUGGGAAGAUGUUCUGUGAGCCCCACUUUGUUAGCAGGAAACCACAGCUCAGAACCGAAAGUAAGCUGCAAAUUAGGCCGUUCUGCCUCCACGUCAGGUGUGCCCCCGCCAUCGGUCACUCCUCUCAGGCAAGCCAGUGACCUGCAACAGAGCCAGGUGGCAUGCAUGCAGUGGUUUCAUGGAGACCAUACAAUGCUUGAGAUGAUUGAGAAAAAGCGUUGCUUGUGCAAGGAAAUAAAAGCUAGACAGAAAACGGAAAAGGGGCUUUGCAAACAGGAUAGCAUGCCUAUCCUGCCCAGCUGGAAGAAGAACGCUGGGGCAAAGAAGUACAGCCCUCCACCCUAUUCUAAGCAGCAAACGGUGUUCUGGGAUACUGCCAUAUGACUGUGCACAGGAUGGCGGGAGCUCCACAUCAUUUUACAUGAAGAGGGAGGUCGACUCAGUCAUGCGAUAAGUAGCUGUUACAUAUCUUCUCUGUCGGAAUGGAAUGCCAGUGCUUCCCUGGAAAGCCCAGGGGAAGCUGUGCCUACUCAUGGCAUAUUCUUGGUAUAAUGUAUAUUAAUUGUAUCCUUGCAAUUAAGACACUUAUUUAUCCCGGAUUAUUUUGAAUCCAAAAGAUAUUAAGAUGUAAAUAUUUUACUAGUUUAUGGGUGACUCCUGAAAUAAUACACAUUAUACGUAUAUAAAUUACAGAAAUAUCAAGAGUUUUACUAUAUGAUAUAAUUUCGGUAUUAACUGGUUUGUUAUCUCUUUUAUAUGUAAUCCCUUGAUGCCUUUAUUAUUAAUUUUUGCAUUUAAGAUGUUAUUUUUUUUUCUGUCCACAUUUGGCUUCUGUAUGAGAACUCACAGCUAUAAAUCAUGUUCAAUCACAUAAUAUAUGAUCUGGUGCUAGUAAUGUAGAAGUCAAGUAUCAUAUUCGUUAAGAACAUCUAUUGCUUUCUAAAUUUUUAAGGGUUUGAUGGGAAAUGGAUGCAAAUGUGAUGCAUAACUUGGAUGUCCACGUUACAUCAACACAAAUAUUUUUGCUACAUUGGCUUUAUAAGAAUUUCUCUUCAAUAUUGUCUUGUUUAUACCAAGCAAUGGUUAGUCAGGCUCCAGAGAAAGUUGUUAGGAUAUAUUUGGAUAUCUCAGCAGAAAACAUUUCCUUCAGAAAUGACUUUCAGGACACCUGUCUUUGCAUCAUGGAUCUAAUUGGAGGAGACCAGGGUUCACUGUGACAAUGGAAGUAACAAGGAAUCGAAAGUUUAAAUAGCAUGACUGCUUUCAAGAAAGUGGGACCAGUGGCUUUAUUGCCACUGCCAUCACUAUUUUUAAGUAACUUUUCACAUGUAUGUUUGUUUCCCCUAGAAAAUGAGAAAUAAACAUUCUGACAGAUACGUUUACAUAUUUUAGUACACUAAGCAAAAUUUAGGUCCAUUAAUAAAUUAACAUUUCUUAAGUUUUUCAAACUAGUUAUCACCACAUUUUUGGGUCGUAAUCUUCUGUGCAUGACCAUCACAUCCAUUCUUACUGAUUCUGACACCAUGACCAAAGAAUUAUGACCACUUGUUUAUUUUAUUUUGUUUCAAGGAAGAAACAGGAAAUGCAGGGGAUAGGGGAUGGAUGGGGUGGCUUCGAUUUUACGUGGUGGUAAAGUUUAAGUUAAACAAAUUCUUAUAUAUCUUUUAAGAAUAACUUGCUAGUUGCAUAUAAAUAUUGCCACAGAUGGAUAAAAAGGAAACUAUCUCAUAUAUUUUGUAUAUUUAAAUUACUAUUUAUGCUUCCUAAAAUUGACAGUAUGUGAUUCUUCUUUAACAAUCGAUUUAGUAUUAUAUUUCUGAGAGAAAAAGUAUGUGUUCGAAGUUAUUGUCAUAGUGGUUUUCCUUGUAAAGGUUUUGACAGCAAUAGUAUAGUGCUGCUCAAUAAAACCAAAUAUAAAGGAGUGAGGGGAUUUUUGUAAUCUAUAUUGCUAAAAACCUAGUGAUACUUUAUCAGUAAUAUUUCCUUUCAAGCCUUUGAAAUGUUAUAAAAUAAUUUUUUAAUCUUUUAUAAUCAAUGUAUAUUUUGAUGUCCAAUUAGAAUUCUGAAAGAUUAAGGAAAAAGGGUAAGUGGGAGCAUGUGUAUCUGUUGUUUUUGCGUGAAUGAGGACUCAGCAGGAGAACUGUAUACAUAAAACACUUACUGAGGUUUUAGGCUUUGCUUGUAUAACUGAGGAGGUUUAAAAAAAAAAAAGAAGCAGAA